CCCAAAUUUCACGCAGUGAGAAGAAGCUGGUAUUAUCAUUUUUAGUUUGCUUUUAUUUUAUAUGUUCUUACCCAUUUCCAAUUUCCUCCAAGUUGAUCCAGAAAGUUCUCAUGCAUGAUCUCAUUUGGCGACAAGCUUGUAAUUUUUUGGCUCAAAAUGUAGUUACUGAAUUUUAUUUUUUUAUAAAUGUUCUGAAGAAAAAUGUGCAACCAUUUUCGACAUUGCAUUGCAUUCUGUGAUUUAUCCAGAAGAAAAGACAUUGCCUUGCAUUCUCUUAAUAGGCCAUUGUGGUUUUUUUGGGGUCAUUAGAGACCGAAUGCUGAUGGGUGAUCGUUAAUUUGUGACUUUUGCCGAUUUCUCUAUCUGGGUUUCAAGGUAUGUUUCUCUGGUACUGAUCUUUGCCAUGUUCGAUAUGUCCGUACAUGGCCUUUUUUAGCUGAGCUUAAUACUUACAGAAAUGCUGACCUUAAACAGUAAUUUUGUGUUCAAAUUUCGUAGCUUCUGUAAAUUACAUAUCUUGUUGGUUCAGAAAUAAAGUUGUUGCAGAUGGUUGUUAGAUUAUAUGAUUUGUGCAUGACUAACAUUUUAAUACUGAAGCUCCAUGUCCUUUUAUUUUGGGCCGUAAUAAAUUCGUCUCGCUUUUCUUAAUUUGAAAACAUUUUUUAGAUUAUUUAUUUUAUAAGAAAAUUUUCAGGCACACCUGACCCUGGAUAUAACACACAAGAGAUGAAGAGUCCAAGUUCACAGCUACAUAGUGCUGCAAUAUUUCCAUCUCCAGCUUUUUUAUGGAGGUUCAAGGUACUACUUUUCAUGAUAUGGGGAUUCAGUUGUUGCAAGAUUGGAUGGGAUUCUGUCAUGAGGAUGAGUGCAGAUUUGCGUAAUUUGUUCUUAUAUGAGGUGUUUUUGUAUUAUAACCCUCUCCUCCUAGUGACCUUGAUGGUUUGGCUCUGGGGAGUUAACUUAUGGGUUUUUUCACAGUCCAAUGUUGGUUAUGCAAAAAUAUUUGAUCUUGAUCAAAAUCACCUCACUCACAAAGAAAUAUGGAAGUGUAGCACUUGGAUGACAAUCAUUGUCCCUACUAGCAUGACCGCAUACCUUUAUUUUUACUCCAAUGGAAAUGUAUCAUUGGCAGCAUUACAACCGGUAUCCCUGUAUAUUGCUGUUGCUAUGGUUCUGAUAUCCCCCUUUGAUAUUUUCUAUUUGUCAUCUCGUUACCUCUUGUUAAGGACGCUAUGGAGGAUAGCUCUUCCAUUGCAGGCAAUAUCAUUUCCCGACUUUUUUUUGGCUGAUAUCCUUACUUCUAUGGCAAAGGUGUUUUCUGAUUUGGAACGUUCGGUUUGUAGAAUGGUUCAUAGGCAGGUUGCUACUAUCGCCUGGCUUGAAGCUGAUUCAGUUUGUGGCAGCCACUCAAUUGCAAUCCCUCUAGUGCUUGUUUUUCCUUAUCUUUGCCGUUUAUUUCAAUGUCUUCGUCAAUUCAAGGAUACAAAAGAAAAGACAACCCUUUUCAAUGCUUUAAAAUAUUCGACUGCGGUCCCAGUGAUUUUUCUUUCGGCCCUUAAAUAUCAUGUCUUCCCUGAUAGGUGGACAAACUUCUACUCCCCACUUUGGCUUCUGUCAAGUGUUGUUAACUCUCUCUAUUCCUUCUACUGGGAUAUAGCUCGAGAUUGGGACUUGAGUGGUUUCUCUCGGAUUUUCAAGUUCAGCAGAUCGAGUAUGCUUUCGAACAUGUUCUAUGGACGAAAAUGGGUGUAUUUCUGGGUAAUAGGAAGCAACCUGGUUCUGCGAUGCACAUGGACGUACAAAUUGUCUUCUCAUCUCCGUCACAACUACUUGACGGUGUUUACAAUCACUGCAUUGGAGAUUCUUCGGCGCUUUCAAUGGAUAUUUUUUAGGGUUGAAAAUGAGUGGAAUAAGAUUAGCAGGUCAAGCCUUGAUCAGCUUCUUCCCAUGACUGGCAUCCAAGCAGAAGAAGAGAUGUUACUUGAAACCAACAACCACAUUGUAUAGAGUAUAUUUAGCAACAAAUUUCAACCUUGAGUUUCUUUUGUUUGAUUCUAAGCUUAGGUUAGCUAACAUCGUACUUCCAAGUUCCAACUUGACUCUCAAGCCAUCACAAUUACAUUUCUAAAGCACAAGUUCACGUUUUGACCUAUUUUCCCAGUCCAGAUCUUUCUUAUCAUCCAAGUUUUGUG